AUGCCGUCUGUCUUUGAGGGGGAGGUAUUAGCCAUUGUAGAGUGGCUGAUCUUUGGAAUAAUGAAUGUUAUAACAAUUGAAGAUUAUAAGAGCACAUAUUGGCCAAAGUUGGACAGUGCCAUAGAUCAGCUUUUAACUCAGAGUCCUGGUGAUUACAUCCCUAUCUCCUAUGAACAAAUAUACAGUUGUGUGUAUAAAUGUGUAUGCCAGCAGCAUUCGGAGCAGAUGUAUAGUGACCUAAUAAAAAAGAUAACUAACCACUUAGAGAGAGUCUCAAAGGAGCUGCAGGCCAGCCCUCCAGAUCUCUAUAUUGAACGAUUUAACAUAGCUCUUGGACAAUAUAUGGGAGCAUUGCAGAGCAUUGUGCCUCUUUUCAUAUAUAUGAAUAAAUUUUACAUAGAAACCAAGCUUAACAGAGACUUAAAAGAUGACCUUAUAAAGCUGUUUACGGAACAUGUUGCGGAAAAGCACAUUUACAACCUAAUGCCUUUACUUUUAGAAGCUCAGUCAACACCUUUUCAAAUCACUCCUUCAACCAUGGCAAAUAUUGUGAAAGGCCUCUAUACACUAAGACCAGAGUGGGUUCAGAUGGCACCAGCUUUAUUUUCUAAAUUCAUCCCAAACAUUCUUCCCCCUGCUGUGGAAUCUGAGCUUCAGGAAUAUGCUGCUCAAGACCAGAAACUUCAAAGAGAGCUUAUGCAGAAUGGAUUUACCAGGGGUGACCAGUCCCGAAAGAGAGCUGGAGAGGAGUUAACUUAUAAUGGCUCAUCAGCAUGUGCAAGCUCCAGAGGAUACAGAUAGUGAAUGUACUGGAUGAGCCUUUAUUCCUAGCCAGAACAGACACUGGAGGAGCACACGUGGUAUCCAGAGCCUCUGCUUGCAAACUGCGGAUACUCAGGAGCUCUGUCAUAAACUAUGCCUAGAAGAGGAGUUGGGACUUUCUUCUUUAUGUAAUAAAAUGUCAGUUGCUGCUACACUUGGGAUGACUUCAGAAGAUGUUACUCUUUGGUCUAGUCUCUCAAAGUUCUUACUCUGCGAUUCUUUGAGGAAUGCGCCUUGAGAAAUGAUCCUUUCUAAGUGGAAAUUGGCAGCCAAAAUCCGCAGCUUCCUCCAAAAAUGUUAGAACGGAAGGAUCUUUUGCACUCUUUUCUUAUUAUGGACAUUCUUUAAACUAGUCUGACAUGUCAGUGUAUUAGUUUUAAAACUUCAAGGUAAGAAUAAAGAUUCAUUACUUUGCAGUAUUUGUUUUUGAGUACAAAAUGGCGUCACCUUUAAGAGUUGGUCCUAUUCAAAUGUAACUUCUGACAGGGCGUUUUGAAUUCCAGAUUUGUAUCCUUUUUUAAAAAAAUGUCUCCUGCUCCAACAUUUUAGGAGACCUGUUUCCCUGUGUGUGUUGUACUCUGUGCCUUCAGCUUGUGCACUUUGCAACUUAAUAGACCAUAUUUUGUGACUGCAAAAUGUGUUCUCGAGGAAAAAACUUGACAUCUGUUCACAACAUGCUGCAAAGUCACGAGUUUCUUUUGUAUAGCUAGGAUAUAAAUUUAAGAAGGAGGUUAUUCUAAGUGUUGCUACAAAUAAUGGUAUCUUCUGUCCCUUUUUGUCUUGUACAUUGGUGUUAAUGUUGGGACCAACUCUUGAAAACCCACCUUUCUCCCCUUAACCUUUCCUUGACUCCACUGGCUUCCACAAUAUUUGCAAUAGAUUCCUGCGUGUACUCCAAAAUGAAUGCAAUGUUGAGAUGUUUUAUCUUAAAUGUUAUUUAGCUGCCACUGCUAAAUCUUCUAUUUAUUUUUUUUUUUUAGAAUGGAUUAUGGGCAAGAUUCUCCAGUCUGUUAUUCCUGCUAUGUGCUUUUAUUUCAGCACUGAGCAGAUUUAAAUUGGUCUUAAUCAGUCAGUGGGUGACUGCACUUGCAUUAGACUGUUAGUGGCAGCAGCAUAUGCAUGAUGGGGGCAGGAGUGACAUUAGCCCUUGCUCCUAAUCAGGCAGAGUAAGAUGCAUAUCAGCUUUCAGGAUCAGGGGUAACUCUCUCGUGCGCGCACACGCACACAGACCCCUUCCAGAUUUGUUGAGCUCAGCUAGACUGGUCCAGAUCUACUGGACCUGUAGUAUGGAUCCUAAUAAUUGAGGUGAGUUUCAGUUUGCAGUAUAGGCUAUCUUACUCAUUUUUUUUUUAAUUUGAAAGAAAGGUGCUUGAAAGACCAAUUUAGCUACAGAUUUCUUGUUAUCAUCUUGGUUAUAUCAAGUCUUUCUCUGCUGAAGCAAAAGAUUUGCAGUUCUGUCACAUACCACUCUCUCACCUUCAGAGACUUCUCCAAGCUUGCAUGAGUUCUCUACAGAUUGCAGUAGAAAAAAAAUAGACAUGCGGCAGGGACAACAAGUUCUUUUCCUUUCUACUUUGCUCUGUAGACAGAUUUAUAUCUAAAUGAGUCCAGAUCUACCAUAUAGGGAAUACCUUUAGUGACAAAGAAGGGAAAAUUGAAAGGACACUGUCAAGAUUGGCAGUCUCAAGAUUGGCAGACCAGAGUCUGACCUAUCUAUAUAUUUCUUUGCAUGUUUGCAAAGUCUGUUUAAUUCUUGGGAGUUUUUUAAAUUAAAAAUAAAUGUUUUUAGUGUUAUGGGGUUUUGAGUCCCGUCCUGUCCCGUCUCUUUCCCCACAUGCCUUUUUUGGAAUAAUGCCAGCAACCUAGCCUUCAUGAGCAAUUCGGCAAAGGCAAACCCCUCAGGGUGAGAUAUUCAGAAGUUUGCCAUAACCCCUGCUCCCUCAGAAGUUAAGAGUACUAUUGUCAGCUGUGAUUUUAAAAGCAGAAGUAAGCCAACGUUAAGAGCUUUUAGAAAAUCCUACCCGAGUAUACACAAUGGAGGAAGUAACGAGCAGUAAUAAGGAACAUACAAUUGAUUCUGACUUUGCCGGCGUCUAAGUUUGAUCAAGAACGGAGUUUUUAAAAAUCAGAUUUCAAAAUAAAACCUUUGACAGUGUCCUCAUGUUUACAAUUAUAGUGUAUGUUGUUAUGGCAAAUAUUCUUGAGCUAAAAAUAUAUACAUUUAACUGGUUAAAGUUUACUACAACAUUACCAUUCUACUUUAUAUAAUACAGUACACAAGCUCUCAGCUCUUUCAAGCCGUCAUGAUUUGUUUCUGUAUUUUGAAAAGAUUUUUACUCAUCUAGGGUUUGUAAAUAACUUGUAGGACAUAUUAUGCCUCAUGUUUUGAGACAGUGGUUUUAACUUACUCAUUUUCUGUUGUGUUAUGCUUACAAACAAUAAUCCCUUUUAGAACAGCAAUUCCUUAAGGUGAAAACAAAUCCUCCUAAUGUGGAUAAUGUAUGCACACUAACAGUACUUGAAAGCUUUUUGCCCCUAUGUAGCAUUCUCAUUUGGCCAACAAAACAUGAGAAAUCUCCUUGUAAAGCUUUGUAUUAUGUUGUAAAUUGGCAUUAAAAUUUCUGUAUGUUUUGGCAUUAUGAACUUAAUGCUGAAAUAAUGUUCAUCUUGUCUUGAAGUUUUAUCAUUGUGAACCAAGCAUGGAAUAGGAUAUGACAUUAUAUACUAAAUUAUUUUGUCUCUUUGUAAAUUUAUAUUUUACUUACAGUAAAACCAACUUGGUCAAUUUGAGUAUUGGUACGGUAAAGCCACAACUACAAGGCAGCAUGGUCCUAGCUACGGUAGUUACUCUAACCAAAUAAUAAUCCAUUGUGAUUAAAUUUACAUUUAUUGCAUCUGUUGCUUACUCUGUUCAGACUAAGCAGUAAAGUUGGUUAUACUUUGGGUGUUCUCUUCUCUUCUAUGUUGCAUUGGUUCUUUAGGAAAACUUGCUAUAUUAAAAUAUUUUUAGAUGAGUUUCA